AAAUACAUAUUAGAAAAAACAAUUCACAUUAUUUUUAAAUUAUAUUUUGUAAUAUUUCCACAUUGUUAUCCUAAAAUAUAACUAUUGUCCGCGAAGCCUUCGAAAGUAUCGAUUAAUUAACCACUGUUCGCUGAUACCACAGUGUCUCCUUCAAGUAUCGAUAGCCCAUCGAUAAGUAUCGCGCUCAGCUGUUAAAUUCGCGAUAAGUUUUACAGUUGUGUCGGCUAAUUGGAAAUUUUUAUUUACAUAUUUUUAUCAAAAUGCGUCGUAUGAAUAACCUGGUAACGCUUUUUACGGCUAUAACAGCGUUCUUUUUUGGCAGUUUUAUUACACGCAUACUAACCGUCGUCGACAAAUGCCCAGCACAACGCAGCGGAGUUGCCAAACUAGAGCCACAUCCGGAUUUAUUUUUAGUGAUACUCGUGUUCAGUGCCCCGGGCAAUGCAGAGCAACGGGAAGGCAUGCGUGAGACUUGGCUGCGUCUGGGACAGCCACUAAAGCAAACCUACUUCCCCGAAGAGUAUAUCUACCUGCCCACCUAUAGCGGAGGCGGACAUUUGCAAAUGGAAACGGUUGCAACGCAGGCGCAGCGUCUACAACAGUACAUAAACUGGCAACAGCAGCUGCCACAGUUGGAGCAACCACGUGUACAUCGCAAUAUCAAGCUGAAGCAUCUGUUUGCCAUCGGAACACUGCAAAUGAGCGCCACGCUGCGUGGCGAAUUGGAGCAUGAGCAGCAGCAGCAUAAGGAUUUGUUGCUACUACCACGUUUGCACGACGACUAUAGGAAUCUGACAGAGAAGCUGAUUCAGUCGCUGGACGCGCUGACACGUCAUUAUGAAUUCUCCUACUUGCUUAAGGCGGACGAUGACACCUAUGUGAAGCUGGAUAAUCUGCUCAACGAGCUCGUCUCCUAUGAUCGUAAGCUUUUAAGAAAUAGAGAGGACUAUGGACAUGAGCCACUACCAGAGCUCUAUUGGGGUUAUUUUAAUGGACGAGCUACCAUCAAGACCAAAGGACAUUGGCGCGAAUCCAAUUACUAUUUAAGCAAAAAUUACAUCAACUAUGCCUUAGGCGGCGGUUAUGUACUCUCCCGUAAGCUAUGCGAGCAUGUGGCCAACAAUUCCUAUCUAUUGUCAACCUAUGUCUCGGAAGAUGCCUCACUGGGCACCUGGUUAGCGCCAAUGCGCCAUGUUUACCGCUGGCAUGAUGCACGCUUCGACACAGCCUACACGCCCAGCAAGUGUCGUCCCUAUCAUCUGGUGCUGCACAAACGCAAUCAGCGUCAAAUGCAUGAUCUCUACUCGAACAAACUGUGCACCCACGAGAUUCCCGGUCAACGAGUAUUUGUUUCUUACUAUUACGAUUGGACAAAGCCCGCGGACAAGUGCUGCGACAGCAUUGUAGCUUAAUUGCUAACGAAUUGACUUCCUUCCUUGCCAAAGUUAGAAAUUAAGUUUUAUGGUUUAAGAUAUUUAUACAGCAAUCAAUAAAUAAAUUGCUCCUGUGGC